CAUACCUUCAGAGCAACCCUAUAGUAAUUCUAAGUCUGCUUGCCUCCUCACACUCCACCCCCUCUUCCCCACCCCCAUCCCAGAUCAUCGAGCAGAAUUACAAUGCAACGUGGAUGCACCGUCAAGGUGUGGAGAACGCCACCUCCAUCGAUCCAGCUGUCCUCAACGUCCUGUGGUCCCUCUCGGUGUCCGUCUUCUCCCUUGGUGGGAUGCUCGCCUCCUUCAUGGUGGGCGUGGUCUCCGAAUGGCUGGGCAGGAAAAGAGCCAUGAUCAUCAACAAUGGCUUGGCCUUUCUCGGUGGCGGCUUGAUGGGGCUGGCCAAGCUGGGCAAAUCCUACGAGAUGAUGAUCUUCGGGCGGUUUGUGAUCGGGGCUUUCUCAGGAUUUGCCUCCGGAUUGGUCCCCAUGUAUGUGGGGGAGAUCGCCCCCACCAAGCUUCGGGGGGCUUUGGGGACCAUGAACCAGCUGGCUAUUGUCAUCGGCAUUCUCAUCGCUCAGGUGUGCGGCCUGGACACCCUGCUGGGCACGGAGACCUACUGGCCCCUCUUGAUGGGCAUCACCGUGGUACCCUCCAUCCUACAGCUGAUGCUCUUCCCCUUCUGUCCAGAAAGCCCACGCUACCUGUACAUCGUCCGAAACAAGGAGUCCAAAGCCAAAGAAA